GGUGGAAGGGGCGUGACCAGUUGCUGCGCUCUCGGCUAUGGCGGCCUGCGCCCGGUUGACCCGGGCUCUGCUUGUCCCUGGAGCAACCUUGGGAGGCCCGCGGCUGCCGGGGCUGAGAUGGUUGAGCGGGUCGGUGGGGCCGGGCCAGGCCGUCUACGAUGUGGUGGUGGCCGGCGGGGGCAUGGUCGGGACCGCCAUGGCCUGUGCCUUAGGACACAACGUUCACUUUCGUGACAAGAAAAUCCUGUUGCUAGAAGCAGGUCCAAACAAAGUUUUGGGCAAGUUACCGGCAACUUACAGCAACAGAGUCAGCUCCAUCACCCCUGGCUCAGCAACCCUCCUUAGCAGUUUUGGUGCCUGGGAUCACAUCUGCAACAUGAGAUACAAACCUUUUCGGCGGAUGCAGGUUUGGGAUGCCUGUUCAGAAGCUCUAAUAAUAUUUGAUAAAGAUGAUUUAGAUGAUAUGGGAUAUAUAGUGGAGAAUGAUGUCAUUAUGUCUGCUCUCGCCAAGCAAUUAGAUGCUGUCCGUGAUCAGGUGGAGGUUGUCUACAAAAGCAAAGUAAUUAGUUAUACGUGGCCUGGUCCAUUCUUAGAUGCAGAAACCAGUCCGUGGGUUCAAAUUACUUUGGCUAACGGCCGCCAGCUCCAGACCAAAUUGUUGAUUGGUGCAGAUGGUCACAACUCAGGGGUGCGGCGUGCUUCGGGAAUCCAGAAUGUGUGUUGGCCCUACGAUCAGUCAGCUGUCGUGGCUACUUUGCACUUAAGUGAGCCCACUGACAACAAUGUGGCAUGGCAAAGAUUUCUUCCUUCUGGGCCCAUUGCCUUACUGCCGCUCUCAGACACUUUGAGCUCCUUGGUGUGGUCCACAUCCCAUGAGCAUGCAGCAGAACUGGUCAGCAUGGAGGAGGAAAAUUUUCUGGAUGCCAUUAAUUCUGCCUUUUGGAGUGAUGCCAGUCACACAGAUUUCAUUGACUCUGCUGGAUCCGUGCUGCAGUACGCUUUCACACUUCUGCAGCCCACUAACUCCUCGGCCCGACAACUGCCCCCAAGUGUUGCGAAAGUGGACCCAAAAAGCCGAACACUGUUUCCACUUGGGAUGGGGCAUGCUGUUGAGUACGUCCGACCCCGAGUAGCACUCAUUGGGGAUGCAGCACACAGAGUCCAUCCCCUAGCAGGGCAGGGGGUCAACAUGGGAUUUGGGGAUAUUUCCAGCUUGGUCCGUCACCUCAGUAGAGCAGCAUUUAAUGGGAAAGAUCUAGGUUCCUUGAGCCACCUUACAGAAUAUGAAACAGAGAGACAGCGGCACAAUGUCUCUCUCAUUGCUGCCACAGACUUGUUAAAGAGGCUUUACUCCACAACUCUUUCUCCUCUGGUGUUGUUAAGGACGUGGGGCUUGCAGACAACAAAUGCUGUUUCUCCACUCAAAGAACAGAUUAUGGCCUUUGCAAGCAAAUAAAUGCCCUACUUCCUGGUCACUGUUUUGAGGAAUAAAGCAGACAUAGACCAGAUAGACUGCAUCAAUCAAAUACAUUGUUGUCAAAAUGUAAUAAACUUGCUUUUUACUA